GAGAAGGAUCUGGGAACGGCAGCAGCUGAGUUUCCCCUGUGCUCUUCUCUCCCACCUCCAGUUCCAACAGCGCCACCCUGGGCCAGCUUCCACUGCUUGGGGCCAUGUGGCUGCUGUCUCUGGCCCUGGUCCUGGCCUUGUCACAAGCCAGUUCCCAGGAAUUCCCCAAGAUUCUCAACAGCUCUAAUGGUAGCCAGGGUGCUCUCCCUGGAAUCCAGGCGUGUGCCCCCCACUCCCAGCCCUGGCAGGCGGCUCUACUUGUGAAUCAACGGCUGCUCUGUGGAGGCAUCCUCAUCCACCCCUGCUGGGUGCUGACUGCAGCUCAUUGCCUGAAGGACCAGUACACAGUGUUCCUGGGGAAACACUCCCUGAAUUACAGGGAGGCAGGAGAGCAAGUCCGAAGGGUCGUCCACUCUAUCCCCCAUCCACUCUACCGGAGAAGUCCGACCCACCAUAACCACGACCAUGACAUUAUGCUCCUGUAUCUCCAGAAGCCAGCACAGCUGAACCGCCAUGUCCAGGUCCUCCCCUUGCCCUCCCAGGACUGCUUGCCUCCUGGUACUAAUUGUACAGUGUCAGGAUGGGGCACCACGACGAGCCCUCAGGUGACUUACCCUACAACCCUACAGUGUGCUGAAAUCCAACUGCGCUCAGAUGAGGAAUGUCAUUUGAACUACCCUGGGAAGAUUACACCCAACAUGCUGUGUGCUGGAUCUGAAGAAGGUGGCAAAGACUCUUGUGAGGGUGACUCAGGGGGUCCACUGGUCUGUAAUGGGACUCUGCAAGGUGUGAUCUCCUGGGGAGACUUCCCAUGUGGCCAACCCAACCGGCCAGGUGUCUACACUCGUGUAUCCCGUUAUGUGAAAUGGAUCCAGAAUACAAUCAAGGCUGGUGAUCCUCGGAGGAAUAAGUGGGAUGGAAUAAAAUCACAGUCUUGAGAUCAGCUAAGGGACCUUACUCAUCCCGCAAGCUCUGCCUGCCUUUCCCUAGAGGUUCUGUGAUACUCAAGCAUCCUGGGACCUUCAAAGACAACGUUCUGAAUGAUUUUUUGGUCUCUUCCAGCCCCUUCAAAAAUUUUGAUGUUCUGAUUUAAUCAUUGACUGUCCAAAAGUUAAGGACAAUUUCCUGUGUCUAUCUAUGAGAUUCUGGAUCCUCAAGAAGUAAUCUUUCCUGCUUAUUCCUGAUACUCUAGGCUGCUCAAAUUUCAUUAUUUCUGGUUCCAACAUUCUGAUCCCCAAAGAUUCUCCACUUACAUCAAUAAAUGUGCGAUAAGAGGCCACAAUGGGCAGCUCUCUAGCCCCGUGCUAAGAGCUGGAGCAGAGGCAGAAUUUAGACAAGAGAUGAUCCCUGCCCUCGUGGAGUCCAUGGUUUGAUGAGAAGAAGAGGAGAGGAAAAAUAAGAUUCAAGUCCAGAGAAGACGAAUCCAUCUAUCAUGUGAGACAGACACUAACUGGUUGUAUGAUCUUAGGUGCAUACAACCUAAUCUCCUAUUUCUAAUCUGUAAAAUGGGGAUAAUUAUAGCUCUUACCUCUCAGGAUUUUUAUGUAGAUCAAAUGAAAUAACAUAUAUAAAAGUACUUUACAAACCAUAAAACACUAUGUAGAUGCCAUUCUUUUUCAUUAUCAUUAUAGAGGCAGAAAAGAAGGACUUUAUGAGUUGCAUGAAGAGAAAAAUUGUUCUAGGGGCUAGAGGAGUGACUAAGGAAAUGUCCUGGAGAAGUGGACAAGAAUCAGGUUGUGAUGAGAAGAGCAGAAAGACAGGUCAAGGACAGCCUAAGAGGAGCCUUGGGGGCGGGAAUCUGCAUGCAGAAAACAGACCAGCCUGGAUGGAGUCGAGGGGCCAGUACUGUAGCUCUAGGACUCUAAGGGUCCUCAGAGGCCAUCUGAUGCAAUCCCCUCUUUUUACAUGUACAGAAACUGAGGUCCAGGUAUGUUAGCUGAGUACAGAUCACACAGUUAAUUAAUCAGUAAAGAAGAAUAGGAAUACAGGUCUUCAGAUUCUAAAUUCAAUGUGAGUUUCAUUCUGAAUGAUGUGUGUGGAGAAAGGAAAUGAUAUAAGGCUUUGGGUAGGAAAAAAAUUUUGGGAAGGAGGAGCUGGUGUUGAAUUGUCAAGGACUUUGAAUGCCAGGAAAAGGAGAUGAAUUUUACUUGGAAAACAAUAGUGGGUUAUUUGGAGUUUGGAGCAUGAGUAACUUGUGCAUACAGAAGAGGAUGCAUCUUUUCCCUUAUCCCAUGGUCCCUCAGUGUUCUGGGUCUGUAGUCAGUGUCUCUGAUGUGGCUGUGUUCCUCAGGCCUGAUUAGUGAGUGAGGUUCUCAAAUUAUCACCUACAUGAUUCUGAGCCUGACUGAGCCGAUAGCACAUUCACAACACCAUUAUGUAUAAUGGAAGGAAGCUGGGAUGUCAGAGCAGAGAACACAGAAUGUCAGAACUGGAUGUGGCACUAGAAUGUGGUGGUAGUUCUGGGAGGGCCCUCAGAAUGGGGGAUGUCAGAGCUGGGAGGGCCCUUAGAACAGGGGAUGUCAG